AUGCUGAAAAGACUCUCAACUAGGAUCUUUAUUUUACGAACGUUUGCUUCUCCCAAAGAGCAGCUGAAAGGCUAUCAGUUCCCGGAAGUUCGCAAGGAGGACUGUGAGCAGGUGAAUUUGAGCUCCAGGUGCUCAAGAAAUUCCCUUAAGAGAUGACUUUAGAGGCUGAAAAUGAUUUUUGAGUACAUUUCGAACAUAACUAAUGCAAUAUUUCUACAGAAAUACAUUUCUGGCUGGGGUCCAGGCGGCCAAAAAGUUAACACAGCUCAAAAUGCGGUUCAACUCACGCAUUUACCUACGGGAAUCGUUCUCAAGGUUUGUGAUUUAGAGCAAACUCCAUUCAACUGUGUGCAAAAAAAAAAUUUUAGUGGCCACUGUAUGGCUGAAUCACCGCAGGCCUGAGUCAUCAAAAAAAGGGUCCUGACACGAUGAAAAAAAAAGACAGUAACUGGUAGGUGGAGAGCGCAGACAGGCCACGCCCUUUUACGUCUCACGUUAGCCGUGAAUAAACUAUAGUGGUAGGGGAGAACGGAAAAAAUAAUAAUGGGCCUACGUAUAGUUUGCAGGUCUCAAAGCGAAAAGUUUAAAAACAGCUGACCAUACGGUAGCUACUAAUUUUCUUUUGCGUACAAGUCCCGCGGAACUGACUAAAUUUUGCUUUUGACUGAGAUUACUAGAAAUAUUUUUGAGAAGGAAAAACUCUUCUAGUUCAUUGACUACUGCCUUUAGACAAAAUCAGGGAAAUAGUGAGCAAAAAGAGGAGGUUUAGACGAAAGUGGACAAACUGGAAACAUUUCUAGUGGCCCCUAUAGUAGUUUUUCAGCCAAUAUUUCUUUUUCCGUUCUCUUUUACUGCUAUAGUCGAUUCACGGCUAACUUGAGACGUAAAAAGGCAUGUCCUGUCUGCGCUCUCAACCCACCAGUUAGAAAAAAAAACGUGACAAGAUUCUAGCUUUUUCUGACCUUUUCUUCUCUAAAACUCACCCCUUACAGGUCCACGAGUCUCGUCUCCUCCCCAAAAACAUUGACAUCGCUUUUGAAAGGAUGAAAUUCGCACUGGAUCGCCAUUUCAACGGCGAAAACUGCUACGAGAAGCAGUUGGAACGGUUACAAAGGACUAAAGAGGACAAGGCGAAGAGAAAAAGAGAAAAAGCGAGGAAAGCCAAGGAGGAACUAAAAGAAGACGUUGAGAAAUCGGAUAAUUUGUAA